AUGGACUCAGCUGAUCAAGAUCCUCCAUCCUCCAGACCCAAGAGAGACCUUCGUCUACCAGAGCAUUUGGCCGAAUAUGAUGUCGUCCUCCUUCCCUCUCAGCAGCCCGCUGCCCAAGUCUCCUCACUUCCAGUAGGACAACCCGGCAAGCGUAAGUCUUCCAGAACCGGGAGUGCGUCAGGAUAUCAGUCAUCUACAAGUUCACGACGGUCUUCUCAUUUAUCCCUGGGGAGUCAACUACUGAAGAAUAUGCCAGAUGUUAAAGCAGCUGCGCUGGAAGAGCAGAUCAGAGUUAUGGAGCUUGCAGACCUGCAGCAGGAGAUAGAAGAGGAGAGAGAAGCCGAUUUGGAAGCCAAGAAGUUGGAGGAACAAGUUAAAGAAGGACAACGGAUGCAAGAGGAAGCAUACCUUGCCAAGGAAAGGAUGGCCAAGGAGAUGGGACGGCGCAGACGCCUGAAGAAGUUGGAGAAGGAAAUUAAGAUUGCCAGUGCUGUAAAGUGCUUUCUAUCCGAAUCAGAGGAUGAAGCAAAAGACCGUCUCUUCCACCUUCCCAUGUUGCUCAGCAUCCAGCACAGCCACAGCAGCACCCAGAUCAGACAGCUGGUCCAAAGUGAGCUAGGCUCAAUACUCAACUCACCAGCCAUUAAGUCGGGAGAUGCCGAAGCUUUUGACUCCUUCGCCCUCUCAGUCCAGUCUCUGGUUGGUAUGUUACGCACCCUAGAGGGAACCGUCGGAUAUGAGCUCAGGUGUGGCUCCCAUGUCGACCGCCUUUUAAGUAAGAUGUCCCCGGCCCACAGAGAUGGAUUCGUGGAGUACUGUCUUUGUCGAGGCAUCUUGCAGCCAGGUCACGGCGCGGACUCCCGGUGGCGUCUCUCUCUCUCUCUGAUUUGCGACAGAGGUGCUGGGAUCAAAGUGGCGCGGUGGUCCGUCCCCCUCUUUCUUCCCCCCUCACACACAGACGUCCAGGGCCCACCGUCCGCGGCGUCUGCGACAGUACGAGCCUUCUCUUCCCUUCGCUCUGAUCUUGUUUUGAGGCACUUCAAACUGCCUUUUGAAGUCUCCUCUCGCCCUCGGACGCAGAUGAAAGAGGUCCCGAGCUCAAACGGCAGCAGCGGAGAUAGAAAACAGAGCUAA